AAGAAUCAUUAAUUAUUGGAGUUUAGUGCACAUAAAUGUAUUUUUUAUAAUGAUAUCCAGAAAGCACAUAGGUGAAUGAUUCUGUUUCUCUGCUAAGUCAUAUUCCAAAAUUGUUCUGGAAUUGUAGUUUCCUCAGUGACGACCUGUGAGCUAUGCAGAUUUGUAAUGUAUUUUUUGUAUGCAUCACAUGCUCAUACAUUUUUUGCAUUUCUUGCAGAUAAACCAUGUUUCAGAUUAAGAAGAUUUGCUGCAUUGGUGCAGGCUAUGUUGGGGGUCCAACAUGCAGCGUGAUUGCCCAAAUGUGCCCUGAUAUCAAAGUGACGGUGGUUGAUGUGAAUGAAGCAAGGAUCAAUGCAUGGAAUUCAGACACACUCCCAAUUUAUGAGCCUGGGUUGAAAGAAGUAGUGGAGUCCUGCAGAGGCAAGAACCUGUUUUACUGCACAGAUAUAGACGGAGCAAUACAGGAAGCUGACCUUGUGUUUAUCUCUGUCAACACUCCAACCAAAACUUAUGGCAUGGGAAAAGGCCGGGCAGCGGAUCUUAAAUAUAUCGAAGCCUGUGCCAGAAGGAUUGUCCAAAAUUCAAACGGUUACAAAAUUGUAACUGAGAAGAGCACCGUGCCAGUACGAGCUGCAGAGAGCAUUCGGCGGAUAUUUGAUGCCAACACAAAGCCUGAUUUAAAUUUACAGGUGCUGUCUAACCCAGAAUUCCUUGCAGAGGGAACUGCUAUCAAGGAUCUGAAAAACCCAGACAGGGUGUUAAUUGGUGGAGAUGAGACACCUGAGGGUCAAAAAGCCGUGCGUGCUCUAUGUGACGUUUAUCAGCACUGGGUUCCCUCAGAAAAAAUUAUUACAACCAAUACUUGGUCAUCCGAAUUAUCAAAAUUGGCAGCCAAUGCUUUCCUUGCCCAGAGAAUCAGCAGUAUUAACUCCAUUAGUGCCCUUUGUGAGGCCACGGGAGCAGAUGUGGAGGAAGUUGCUAGAGCUAUUGGAAUGGACCAGAGAAUCGGAAACAAGUUCCUUAAAGCUAGCGUUGGAUUUGGUGGUAGCUGUUUCCAGAAAGAUGUCUUGAACCUGGUGUAUUUGUGUGAAGUUUUGAACCUGCAUGAAGUGGCGAGAUACUGGCAACAGGUGAUUGAUAUGAAUGAUUAUCAGAGAAGAAGGUUUACAACAAGGAUUAUCGAUUGCCUGUUUAAUACUGUAGCAGACAAGAAGAUCGCUCUUCUUGGGUUUGCAUUUAAGAAAGACACUGGUGAUACAAGAGAGUCUUCCAGUAUCUACAUUAGCAAAUACCUCAUGGAUGAAGGUGCAAAGCUGCAUAUUUACGAUCCAAAAGUUCCAAGGGAGCAAAUAAUAAUGGACCUGUCCCAACCUGGAGUUGCACCAGAUGACCGAGUGUCCCAGCUGGUCCACAUUUCUACAGAUUUAUAUCAAGCCUGUGAGGAUGCUCAUGCUAUUGUGAUCUGCACUGAAUGGGAUAUGUUCAAGGAGCUGGACUUUAAUCGAAUCCACAGGAUGAUGUUGAAGCCAGCCUUUAUUUUUGAUGGGAGACGUGUUCUCGAUGAACUUCACGGAGAGCUGCAAAAUAUUGGCUUCCAGGUGGAAACCAUUGGCAAAAAGGUUGCAUCCAAGAGAAUCCCAUUUACGCCUACAGCAGAUAUUCCCAAAUUCAGUUUGCAGGAUCUGCCUCAUAAGAAACAAAGAGUGUAACUGCUACUGAAGAAUAAGGGACAGAUGAAAUGGGAAAACUCCUGGAAUGCCUGCCCACUUUAACCAUAAAAUGGUUUGACCCCUUUAACUCUGGGGAGGGGACCCAGCACAAAACACAAAGCACACGGUUAAAUUUCAGCAACUGCUGCCUAGAUCCCUUACUGUUUUUUUAUUGGUCAGAGAACACUCUGCAACACGAUCAAAUGGCUUCAAAUUGACAAGCUAAUUUAUUUGUAAAUACAUCUUUUUCAAGCUACAUUUAAACAUUCUUGGGAAGUGUUUAAAAUUUUUUAUGAAGACCAAAUAAACCUUGCAUGAAACA